UUAUUCAUGGCGCUUGAGGCUGACAUUCAGUCCGGUGCCAAGUAUCAAUAUUUAUUGGAAAAGUGGUGAAUUUGUGGCUAAAACUUUGAUUACGGAGUCAACGAAUGCUUUUUAAUGUUUAAGGCACCGUACAACAUGGCGAGAUACGGUCAAAGACCAGAGAAUGCGCUCAAACGGGCCAAUGAGUUCAUGGAUCUCAAUAAGCCCGCGCGAGCGCUGGACACCUUGCAGGAGGUGUUCCGGAACAAGAAAUGGGCUUACAACUGGUCCGAGUCGGUACUGGAACCCAUCAUGUUCAAGUACCUUGAGCUGUGUGUGGACUUGCGCAAGUCACAUAUUGCCAAGGAGGGACUUUUCCAGUACAGAAACAUGUUUCAAUCGGUGAAUGUGGGGUCCUUGGAACAAGUUAUAAGAGGAUAUCUACGGAUGGCAGAAGAGCGGACGGAAGCAGCUCGACAACAGUCCACUCAAGCUGUUAUUGAAACCGAUGAUCUUGAUAAUUUGGCUACACCUGAGAGUAUACUGCUAAGUGCAGUAUCUGGGGAAGAUGCCCAAGAUCGGUCAGAUCGAACUAUACUUACACCAUGGGUGAAAUUCCUCUGGGAAUCAUACUGCCAGUGCUUGGAACUCCUGCGUACUAACGCUCAUGUAGAGACGUUGUACCAUGACAUAGCCCGUAUGGCUUUCCAAUUCUGUCUAAAGUACUCACGUAAAACAGAGUUCAGGAAACUCUGUGACAAGCUGCGGAAGCAUCUUGAAGAUAUUUGCAAGCCAGUCGUAAGUAACAAAGUGCAAACUGGUAAUGUGAGCAUUUCAAAGCCAGAGACCCAACAGCUCAAUUUGGAGACGAGAUUGUUCCAACUGGACAGUGCUAUACAAAUGGAACUGUGGCAGGAAGCCUACAAAGCUAUUGAGGAUAUCCACAACCUCAUGAACAUGUCCAAGAAGACCCCCGUGGCUAAGACCAUGGCCAACUACUAUGGCAAGCUGGCUCUAGUGUUCUGGAAGGCUGGUCACUGUCUGUUCCAUGCUGCUGCCUUGCUGAAACUCUUCCAACUGUCGAGGGAAAUGAAGAAGAACAUUACGCAGGAGGAGCUGCAAAAGAUGGCUUGCCGUGUGUUAGUCGCUGUUCUGUCUGUGCCGCUGCCAUCUCUCCACCCGGAGUUUGACCGUUUUGUGGAGACUGACAAGAGCCCAGUUGAGAAAGCCCAGAGAUUGGCUGUCCUGCUUGGUCUAGCUCAGCCUCCUACUAGAGCUAACUUGCUGAAAGACGUCGUCCGUCUGAACGUGGUGGCGCUGGCGUCGCCGCAGCUGCAGCAGCUGUACUCGUGGCUGGAGGUGCAGUUCGACCCGCUCACCAUCUGCCACAACGUCCAGGGUGUCAUCAAGGAGCUCGAGGAGGAUCCCAACUGCCCCCUAUCUCAAUACACGACGGCGCUACGCGACGUCGCGUUGGUUCGUCUAGUGCGUCAAGUGGCUCAGUGCUACAGCUGCGUGCAGUUCGCGCGUCUGCUGCAGCUGGCCGCCACCGAUGAUCUGUUCCACCUGGAGCGCCUGUUGGUGGACUGUGUGAGACACAACGAUAUGCAGAUACGUGUGGAUCAUGCUAACAAGUGUGUGCACUUCGGCGUUGAGGCCGGAGGUGGCGAAUGGUGCUCGGCCGCCGACGAGGCUUGCGGUGGAGCUAUCUUGCAGGCUACUCCGGCGGAACAGGUACGCGAGCAACUCGUCCGCGCUGCGGAAACUGUAUCCAAGUGCGUAUCGACGCUCUGGCCGGCGCGGCGGAAGGCGGAGCGCGAGCGGGCACGCGCGGCCAUGGUGCAACACUACCACGAACACAAGCACGCUGAGCAUCACCGCGUGCUGCAGCGACACAAGAUCAUUGAGGAGCGCAAGGAGUAUAUCGAGCGGCUGAAUACGGUGCGCGAGGAGGAGGAACUCAGGCGCCAAGAGGAGCAAGUGCGCGCGGCCCAAGUCGCCGAAGCCCGUCGUCUAGAGCAGGAGAGAGAAGAGAGGGAGAAGAAACGAUACGCGUCCGAACUCGCCGCCAUGAAGGAGCGGCAUCUGAAAGAGCGCCUGCUCAACAUGUCGCAGACCAUGCACGGCAAGAAGGUGCUGCAGAACCUCGAUGAGGAGGACUUGAAGAAGAUGGACGCGGAGGCCAUCGCCCAGCGCGAGGCUCAGGAGCUGAUGAAAGAACGUCGCGAGCUGCAGGCCAGGCUCAAGUCGCAAGAGAAAAAGGUUGAUUACUUUGAGCGAGCCAAGCGCAUGGAGGAGAUUCCGCUGCUGCAGAAGAGCUUGGAGGAGAAGCAAGUGCAGGACAAGGCAUUCUGGGAACAGCAGGAGAAGGAGCGCAUUCAGCAGCUCAUUGAGGCGCGCGCCCGCGACGUUGCAACUCAAGCGCGUCUCGCACGCAUGAACGUGCACCGAGCUCAGUUCGUGGAGCGGCUGUGCUCGGAGCGCGGGCAGGCGUACACGCAGCGCCUCGCCGCGUGGACCGCCAAGUACGCCGCCGAGAAGGAGGCCCGCACCGCCGCGAGACGACAGGCGCGCAUCGAGAAGAGAAGAACCGAGUGGCACGAGGAGCGUCGUCGUGCUGCGGAGAAGGCGGCGGAGGAGGCGCGUCGCGCGGCCGAGGAGGCGGAGAAAGCCGAGCGCGAGCGACGACACCAGGAGGAGCUGGCCGCGCUGAAGGAACGCAAAGAGAGAGAGCAGAGGGAGCACCAAGAGAUGCUCGCUCGCGCGGAGGCGAAGGCGAAGGCUCGCGAGGCGGAGAUCGCCCGCAAGCUGGAGGAGCAGAAGGCGACCGCGACCAGCAGCUGGCGCCGCGGCGGGAAGGAGCCACCCAAGGAGCCCGAGAAGAAGGAGCCCUGGAGAGCCAGUCGGCUGCGCGAGCCGGGUCGCGAGGAAAGGCCGCGCUCCCCGGGCCGCUGGGACGACCGCGCCAAGGAUGACAGACGGGACGACAAACCAGAGCGUAAAGACGAUCGUGACAUCGGUGACCGUCCUCCCAGGGACAUUUCUAGGGAAGACCGUCCUCCCAGGGACAUUUCUAGAGACGAUCGUCCUCCAAGGGACAUUUCCAGGGACGAUCGUCCUCCAAGGGAAAUUCCUAGGGACGAUCGUCCUCCAAGAGACAUUCCCAGGGAUGACCGUCCACCUAGGGACAUUCCUAGAGACGAUCGUCCUCCAAGGGACAUUCCUAGAGACGACCGUGGUCCUAGAGAUGACCGUGGUCCCAUGCGCAGCAUGAGAGACGAGAGACCUCGUGAUGAAGGUGGCUGGAGGUCUGCCAACCGUGAACCAGAAAGAGACAGAGAAAGGCCCCGCUACACCGGACGCUCGAGCGGCCCCGUGUCGGACGGUGGAUCGUGGCGUCGCGGCCCGGCUGACCCGCCACCGGAACGUACGUCUACCUGGCGUACGAAGGACGCACCGCGCGACGGUCGCGAUGACCGCUAUCGUGACGGUCCUCGUGACGGCCCAAGAGACCGCGACGGUCCUCGUGAUGGUCCCAGAGACCGCGACGGUCCCCGUGAUGGUCCCAGAGACCGCGACGGUCCCCGUGAUGGUCCCAGAGACCGCGACGGUCCUCGUGACGGUCCCAGAGACCGCGACGGUUUCGGCGCUCGCCGUGACGGUGACCGUUACGGACCCCGCCGCGACGACAGGGAACCGAUGCGCAGAGAUGACCGCGACGGCCCCCGCCGCGACGACCGCGACCGCCGCCCGCCACCACGACGUGAUGACAAACCUCGCGAAACUGAAGACGGCUGGCAGCAGGUGCCGCCGAAGCGUUAACCGACCUGUGCAACAGGGUUCAGCUUGCUAGCUUACCACUUAGGUACUAACACCAACAUGUUAUGUAGCUAGGUAUUUUGUAAUCUUAGAAUAUUAAGCCCGAACUCAAUAUGAACCACACCUUGUGAACAAAUCUAUGUGAUAAAUAAUUUCACUUAGAUGACCACUAGUAUUGGGCUCGCAAAACUUUUAUAUCGCUCUAUAAAAAUAGCAGGUUUCGAUUUUGAAAUCUCUUCUUUUAAUCAUGUGGAAUUCGGCAUGAAUUAA